AUGUCGCGCUCCAAUCGCCGCCCCCCGUGGGAGUGGCAUGACGAGAGCGACCCCUCCUCUACCAACAUCGAUGACGAGAACCUACCCCUUCGGCGUCAGCCGACCCAGCCGACCCAGCAUUCCUCUUGGCGCAACACGGUGCCUUCCCGCGGAUCACAGGGCGCCUUGGGCAGUGCCGCGACACAACUCUCAACGACCCCGCUCCAUUCACCCGCCUCGCAAUACCGCGCCGCUCACGCCGGUGUUGCGAGUCACUCACGGACUAAGACAUAUCCACCGCAAGGACAGGUCCCGCGCCAGCUCCCGUCUGUGCCUGAACACAAUCAAUCGUCGCGGAGCCCUUACCUCUCUAUUGAAGUGGAGGCUGCGGCCGCCGCCCGCCGCGCCGCGGCGAUAUUGAAGGGAUUGAAUUCGCGUUCCCCGUCCGGAGAACAGCAGCCCGAGAAUGUGGCACUCCCUGUCACCGUUACUCGUCCAUCUCUGCAAGUGACUUCAGAGUACACAACCAACGACCAGACGUCCAAACCCUCCCAAACUACCCAUUCCACACUCACUGACAAUGCUGAGCACCUUGGCUCCCUCCAGUCCGCGCGCGAGCAUCGCCUGAGCGGCCCAUUCGACUUGGAGGACGUCGACUUAAACUACGUCAACAUGGACGAGCUUGACGACUUCCUGGCACUGUAUGACCUGCCGACAGUCGAGGGUUACGUCUGCACGGUUGAGACUCUGGCCGCAGCCGUUCACCCCAAGAAGCGGCUCCGGAUAGCUCCACAACUGGACCAGUCGACGCAGAUCCCCAAGAAGCAGCCUCUGGUCCUCAAGAAUGUACGUGAUGAGGUUACGACCGCGACAAUUGCAGAUCUUGUGGCGGCUGUAUCCGCCGAGGUGCCAGGCCCUGCCAACAUCCCCUCCGCCGCCGAGCUUGUAGCCAGUUUCGACGAGUUCUCAUUUGAAGGCCGAGAGCGCGCAGCCAACAUCAUCGACUCGUGCCAUCCUCUUGCUCUUACCCGGGGCGCACUCGAAACAAUUUUGUCAUUCGUGUCGGACAACGAUUUCCGGGGUGAAACCCCUCCCCUCGUACUGCUGGGAGCCCUGAUCGUCUUCGGCCGGAUUGAGCAAGCUAGGAAGCUCAUCCUCCAAGACUUGCCUGGCGGCAACCUCAACUACAAACUACAACGAGCACUUUCCUGCGUACAAGACGACAAAGCUCUUGACCGUAGCUCACAAGUGUCUCCCAUCGCGUCGAGAGGCCUCACCGCCGUCCUUUGCCCCAAGGUCAUCACAGACGUCAUUCGGCAGAGUGCGGCCGAGGACCUCUUCGACAACUCUCACAUCUCUAUGCACUAUCUCUCCCUCUUGGCGUCUCCGUCCAACCUCUGCGUUGACUUCGAUCUCUCAUUCCGUGGCUCCACCGAUAUCGACUGCAACCUCACCUUCCGCGACGAGGAAUAUCAAAUUGGAAAACGCCACGAGAAGUUCGACGACAUGGCGCCUGAGCGAGGGGUCAUUCUGGGGGACCUGGUUAAGUCCGUGUGGCUGUCCGUUGACGUGGUCAACUUCCACCGUGGUGCCAGCAAGACGCUUCCCUACUCGGAGGAGGCGGCAAAGCGAGCUGAGGAAACCCUGAUGGUUGCAAAGGCGCCGCUGGACGAGGCGAUGUGGGACAUUCAUCUGGACCAACUUCCUCAGAAUAAGUUCCUUGAAGACCUCGAGGACAGCGUCGAACAACUCGUAGCGGAGAGCGAGGAGCGUGACUCUACCAAGAUCAAGAAACGACACGUCGAAGAGAUCAAUCUCAAGUUGUGA